CCACCUCUCUCGUGCAACAGCAGCCUCCGGGACUAUAAAGAGCAGCAGCCACCGUCCUGGGACUCACGGAGGAAACUCAACCUCUCAGGUGUAUCUGUCUGUCUAACAACCAUGAAGGCUGUAGGUCUGAUCCUUGCUCUGUUCGUCGUCGCCGGCUGCAACGCCCGUGUUGUGCGCCAGGCUGAUGCCACCCCAGACCGCUGGGAGGACACCGUGACUCGUUUCUGGGAGUACGUCUCUGAGCUGAGCCAGAAAGCUGAUGGAGUCGUGGAUAACCUCAAGGCCUCCCAGAUUAGCAGGGAGUUAGACACUCUGAUCACCGACACCAUGGCCGAGCUCACAACCUACAGAGAUGACAUCCAGACCAAGCUGGCCCCCUACGCCGACACCUCCGCCGGCCAGCUGUCUCAGGACCUGCAGCUUCUGGCCAACAAACUGCAGAAGGACAUGCUGGACGCCAAGGAGCGCAGCACUGAGUACAUGGGUGAGCUCAAGACCAUGAUGGAGCAGAACACCGACGACGUCCGCAACCGCAUCAACAACUACAGCCACAAGCUGAAGAAGCGCCUGAACAAAGACACCGAAGAGAUCCGCAACACCGUCGCCACUUACCUGGGCGAGCUGCAGUCCCGCACCUCCCAGAACCUGGAAACCAUGAAGGGUCACGUUGAGCCCUACGUCUCACAGGCCAGCGACAGCGCCUCCAAGAAGCUGGGCGACAUCUCCUCCCUGCUGAAGACCCAGGCCGAGGGUCUGGGACAGCAGCUCGAGGUCCAGGCCGAGGGCAUCAAGACCCAGCUGGAGGCCACUGCCCAGGAGCUGCGCACAUCUCUGGAGGGCAAGAUUGAUGAGCUGACAGACUUACUCUCCCCCUACGCCACCAACAUCCGCAAGCAGAUGGAGGACAUCAUCGAGAAGGUCAAGGAGACCACCGCCUAAAGAAUGACUCUGGGGGGUUUGUUAAGGGUUGUAGAUGGUUGGUGGUAGUAGAAGAAAGAAUGCAUAGACCACUAAAUUCUGUAUACCCUGGUAAAGAAAAAACAAAAAAAAAGGAGUUGAGAGUUACUGAUAAUCUCCACAUUGUAUGCUCUAAUGUUCAGGAUGGGAGGGUUGACUGGAGGAACAGGGGAAGACGGGUUUUCUUCUUCUUCUGCGUCGUCACCCUUUCGACUCUCUUGAUCACUGAACACAAGCACCGCAGUUUAAACACAACCAUCAAAAACGAGACAAUUAUUUGUAAUAUGCUUCGCUUUUCUACUUUGAAUAAACUGUUCUAUCAAUCUAUACCCACAACGCUCGAGUCAAGUCUUCCACUUUGGGUGCAGAUGUAUACCUGCUGAGUUUUAAGGGAUUCCAGCAUCAAACACGAGUGUCUCUCAUUUCAAUAAACGCACUGAAUGACGAUCAAAAGACGGGGUCACGUACAGCAAAGCGUCUGCUGGUUUCUACUAGAGGUGAUGCCGAACCAUUUUUUGUUCUUUGUUGUGCUUCACGGAGAAGAAGUGAAAUGUUAAAAAAAACGACUACACAACAAAAAAUGACAAUCAGUGAGUAAAGUGUGAUGCUGCCUGUCUGUUCUUCACAAGUGUCCCUUGUGUUUCACAUGUUGUACGCCCACCAUGCUGCUCUCCGUAAGUGCGCUGCCAGUGUGCUGAACGGUGCUGAGUGAAUAAAAACAAAACCUAGAAAAGA